AUGCACUGCACCCCCUGCCCGCACCUCGGCGGGCCGCCCACCCCGUCCGGCAGCCGUCGGAGCCCCGCAGGCCGGCAGAAGGACCCGCGUUCUCCUCGCCCCCUUCCCCUCACCGCCCCCGCCGGGCAGCCUUACCCUCGGGGGUCGCUCCCGCAGGCGGCGCGGAGGCCAGGGGCCGACAGCCGCCACCCUCACCGGCUCCCCCACCAGCGCCCCACCGGUAUUCUAGAGCGCUUAGACGCUGGAGAAAUUGUGAUUGGAGAUGGAGGAUUUGUCUUUGCUCUUGAGAAGAGGGGAUAUGUUAAAGCUGGGCCUUGGACUCCUGAAGCGACAGUAGAGCACCCAGAAGCAGUUCGCCAGCUUCACCGGGAAUUUCUCAGAGCUGGAUCCAAUGUUCUGCAGACAUUCACCUUUUAUGCCAGUGAGGACAAACUAGAGAACAGGGGCAAUUAUGUAGCUGAGAAAAUAAGUUGCCAGAAAGUUAAUGAAGCUGCUUGUGAUAUUGCAAGAGAAGUGGCUAAUGAAGGUGAUGCUUUAGUGGCUGGAGGAGUCAGUCAAACACCAUCAUACUUAAGCUGCAAGGAUAAAUCAGAGGUUAAAGCAGCCUUUCGAAAGCAACUAGAUGUCUUUAUGAAGAAGAACGUGGACUUCCUGAUUGCAGAGUAUUUUGAACAUGUUGAAGAGGCUGUUUGGGCAGUUGAAGUUCUGAAAGAAUCUGGAAAGCCAGUUGCAGCUACGAUGUGCAUUGGUCCGGAAGGAGACAUGCAUGGUGUGUCCCCUGGACAAUGUGCUGUCCAACUGGUAAAGGCUGGUGCUUCUAUUAUUGGAGUCAACUGCCAUUUUGAUCCAGAUACUUCCCUGGAAACCGUGAGACUGAUGAAAGAGGGCUUGCAGGCCGCUAAACUGAAAGCCCACCUGAUGUGCCAACCACUUGCUUUCCACACACCUGAUUGCGGAAAGCAGGGUUUUAUUGAUCUUCCAGAAUUUCCAUUUGGUCUGGAGCCAAGAAUUUUAACCAGAUGGGAUAUUCAAAGAUAUGCAAGAAAAGCCUAUGACUUAGGGAUUCGAUACAUUGGAGGUUGCUGUGGAUUUGAGCCAUAUCACGUCCGAGCAAUAGCUGAGGAGCUGGGUCCUGAAAGAGGAUUUUUGCCAGAAGCUUCUGAGAAACAUGGUAGCUGGGGCGAUAACCUGAGCAUGCACACCAAACCUUGGGUCAGAGCAAGGGCAAGAAAAGAAUACUGGGAAAAUCUGAAGCCUGCAUCAGGCAGGCCAUAUUGUCCUUCGAUGUCAAAGCCAGAUGGCUGGGGAGUGACCAAAGGAGCCAGGGAGCUGAUGCAACAGAAAGAAGCAACUACUGAGCAGCAGCUGAAAGAGCUGUUCCAGAAACAGAAGUUCUAAUCCACUGCAAUUGUGUAAACGUUAGAAUGAUUUAUCCAUAGGGCAUCUCAUGCUUCACAAGAAAAUCUGUGAAGAUGAGUACCCUGUUGGUUUAUCAGUUAACAUGCAAUGAAAGAGACAAAAUGCAGAAAGAAUUUGAUUACAGAUUAAAUUCUCUGGACAAAUAGUUUGGACAAUACACAGUCAGAAUCAGGUUUGGAUUCUCAUAAUCACUGAGCUUCUGUUAGCUAGGUGCUAUUAAUUGGCUAGACACAGAAAUACAUGGAAAGUAAUAAUUGGCUCAAAUUACCUGUGAAAAGAAAAAAAAAAAAGCUAUCUAUAAAUACAGUAUCAAUAGACUUCCACUCCUGAGUCUGUUUUCAGUUUAGGAUUAUGUAGGAGCCUCCGCAGAUCUCAACAUUUUUUGAGGACUAUUUCAAGGACACACAAGUUGCCAAUGCUUCAGACAGAGUUACUUACAGCCACUUUCUUAACUUCAAGAGAGUAAAAGUAUACUAGAAAAUACAUCUUUUAUUUGGCAUUAAAAAAUAAGGAGAAUGAGAUCUUGCAGAAAUUUCUUAUAUGCAGGAGAAAGGUUCAGAGAACUUUUAGGAAAGAAAAAUGACAGGUAAAUAACUCACUGUUUUUGUCUCAAUGUACCAUGCACACAGAAUUUACUUCUCUAGAGACUAAAAGGCUUAAAAGAUUAUUCUGAAAUUUAAAAAAAAAAUCAAAUAAAUUAAAAGUAAUAUGAUGGAAUAGUAUUGUAUUAUCUUCACACCUUAAAUCAUAAGAGCUCAAACAGAACAACAUACCUCCAGUAAACAACUAAUUUUCAAAUGAUCCAGCUGCUUUCUGGAUGUCUCUUUGGAAACACAUGGUUAUCUCAAAAUAGCACUUAAAAUUUCCAUUAUUUUUUUUUAAGCUGAUUGAUUCACUCUAGGAUCUUAGCUAUGAAAAACCAUGUUAGGAAAUAGAUCUACCCACUUAAGUUGGAUUGAUCUCCACAAGCUCCGUAUGAGUGAACAGUGUGCUGCCACAGCAAAGAAAGCCAACAGGAUGCUGGGUUGCAUCAACAAAGGCAUCACCAGCAGAGAUAAAGAAAUCAUUAUCCCACUCUUCUCAGCCAUUCUCAGGCCACACCUGGACCACUGCCUUCAGUUUUGGUCCCUGCUAUGCAAAAUGAUGUGGACAUGCAGGAGAGGGUCCAGAGAAGGGCCACAGAGAUGAUCAAAGGACUGGGAAGCCCGCCACAUGAGGAAAGGCUGAGAGAAAUGGCUUUGUUCAGCCUUGAGAAAAGAAGGCUUAGGAGAGACCUUAUCACCAUGUUCCAGUGUUUACAAAGAAGAUGGAGACUCCCUUUUUACAAGGAGUCAUAUGGGAAAGACGAGGGGUAAUGGGUACAAGUUACUCCUGGGGAGAUUCCAAUUGGACAUGAAAAUUUUCCCCAAUGCUAACAAUCAGCCCUUGGAAUAAUCUCUCCAGGGAAUUGGUGGAUUCCUCAACAUCGGACACUGUUAAGAUUCAGCUGGACAGGGUGCUGGGCCAUCUUGUCCAGGCUGUGCUUUUGCCAAGAAAAGUUGAAUCAGAUGAUCCUUGAGAUCCCUUACAACCUGGUAUUCUGUGAUUCUAUGAAGUUAAGAAAACCCCUGGGCAUUUGUACACUUAAUUUAUUGAGAAGAGUUUUCUUAGGAAGGGUAUUACUACACUUGGAACCCAUAAAGGACACAUUUCCAUAGUUCAUUUUUGUGAAAUACCACACAACUUUCUAGAACCUCAUUCUGCGUCAGUGCCAUUACCUUUAGCAAUAUAUCAUUCUCAAAGUUAGUGUUGAAAGCUUUUUAUGUAUAAGCUUAUGUCAUUAUUUCUAUCCAUGCUGAUAUUCUACUGUUCAGCAAACAUUUGAGUAUGCAACACUUUAAUGGGACACUUCAGGUAUCCUUUUCAGGCUGUUAUUGGCAGACAGAUUUUAGAAAAAGCCAUCUGCCUUCACCAAGCUUACAACAGACUGAAAUAGUUACUAGAUGGAAAUUUUGCCUGAAAGCCAAAGUAGACAAAUGAAGAAAGUAGGUAUUUUAAAAUGUAGAUUAUUUGGGAAGCAUCCAUGUAAGUAUAUAUGCACUCUGUUACACUGCUUUCCUUCCUAAACCCUUCUGCAUGUUUGCCCCUGCAGAAAGUGGAAUAAUGCAAAACCUGUAAAACAGAAAUCCAGAUCUUCGAUCAUCACCACAAUGCAUGCAGCAUUAAAGACAUAUGCAUGAUAAAGUGGCUUAAAAUGCAGGCUACUACUGAUAAAGAAGCAUUUUGAACAAUGAUUACCAGUUUAGGUACUUCCUGUGGCAAGCUUGGAAGCUUGACCUUCAUACUCUAUAUAAGCAGCUGGACUGAUUUUUUUGAAACUGUCCAAACAUGCAAAAAAUUGUUUUGAAGUGAAUGAGUUCACAACACAGAAUAUUCAAAAACUGUGGUAUUUAAGAAGAUUUAAGCAUUUAUUUUUAGAAACUCAGUUUAAAAAGGAUUAUUUUUAACAGAUAUGAACAAUGACAAAUCUUUGGAUGACUCUUUGAAGCCAUUCAAGCUGGCCUUGGGGGAAGCUGUACAAUCCCUGUUUGAUUCAUAUCACAGGCUGGGUUUAGAAAGGAACUGACAUAGGAUGAAAACAAUUGAUAGGGUGCUUUAUUGGUCACUACAGAACGCCAGAUUAUCAAAAAAACCCCCUGCUCAAAAAAACCCAAAAAAACCCCUGGGCAGCAAAGCCAACAAAUCUUUAUUUCCCAUUUCUUUCUGUGUAACACCUUAGUCAGGGUAAGUGAACUGUUGGAUUUGUUAAAGCUUUCUAACGGUUUAUUACCUGACUUGUUAAGGAAAUAACUCAGGCUAACAGCACAAUCCUGGGAAAUUAGCUUCCUUAGAAAGCCUGUGUGGAGACUUAAAUAGAAGUAAAAAGGGCUUCAGAAGGUCAACUUCUGUAUUUAGCACCCUAAGGCAAGAUCUGCUACUCAUAGUGGAAGACAUUUGUUUAACCUGCUUGGAAACACAUCUAAGAUGGAGAUUCCAUGCCAGCUCCAGACAAUCUGGUUACUUCACUUUUCUUAACAAUUUUUUCCUAAUUUGAAUAUUCCUUAAUAGAUUUUAAAUCAAUUUUUUCUUUCUAGCACAUUACAGACAUGAAGAAUGUAUUUCCUUUGUCUUUGCUGAGUUCUUUUAUACUUUAGAAGAUUUACAUACAUUCCUUUUUUCUCUCUCAAUUGAACAUACCCUGUUCAUUCAUGCUUUCCCUGUGGCCUCUGAGUCUGUGAUGCAUCACAAACCCAGAGACAACCUCCAUCAGAUCUUUCCUAGAGCUUCCUGUUGUUGUUGUGGUGUUUUGUUUUGUUUUUUUAACCUGGAAGCAGAAGUGAAGCAGGAAGCAGAUGUGAACCUUGGAAGUUCAGAUCCAGAGGAGAAAAUCCAAAGUCUUUGCUAUCUAAAGAAUAAACCUUUACUCAUGAGACUGACUGUCAGGACAGGAGGGAUAUGAACAAACCAUAAACUUCAGAAUUACAAGCUCGGUCUCUGUGCUGCUCAUGAGAAGAUGGUGACAUUUUUAGUCAGCUCCAAAGUUUUCCAGAACCCUGUGCAAAAAAAGCCUAAAAACCUGCUGUUUAAUGGUCAGGUGUUAUCCUGAUUUAUCUGUAAACUGCAGGAAAGCAAGGAGGCUUCUUUUGUAAAGAUGAAAAUUUUGGACUAAGGUACAAAAUCACAGAAAAUCUAGGUUUUUUCCCUGUACUUUUGAAAAGAAAGUUUUCUAGGAAUCCUACAAAAUCUGAAAUCUUCAUGUACCACAAUUUUUUUCCUAAAGCAGUUUGUAGCUCAUGCCUUCGCUUUCAGCUCUAUACACAAGUGACAUUUUUUAACAUUAAACAUUUACAUUUAACAUUAAAAGAA